AUGGCAUUGGACCUGCUACUGGACAAGGCCAAGGCCAUCAGUGGCAGAACCUCUAGGGGGAGCUGCUCGCCUGCCUCACCUCGAAGCCGCGGCUAUUUCAGGGUCACACUUGACUUUGGCCACGUAAACCCGACUCCAGAGCUGCGUGCCACAGCCGUGCCUGCGAGCUGCACCGACACCGACACGGACACCGACACUGCGGGCGGUCUCCGAGCCGGGCAGCACGCAGCCGCCCCGGGCCGGGCCGGGCCGCCGGGAGUGGCGGGGCCUCGGCCGGGCGGGGCGCCGGGCGCGGUGGGGGCGGUGCCGCCGCGCCCGCGCUCCCGGGGCGGCUCGGCUGGGCCUGGCCCGGCCCUGUCCUGCGCCGCCGGCCGCAGGUGCUUAAAUAGCGGCGCCUGCCGCGCUGCUCUGUCCUUUGCUCCGCUGCGAGCUCAUGUUAAAAAGAAGCAAAACUUAUAUCUCAACCAAGAAUCCUGUGAAAGGGAACAACAUCCUCAGAGCCCUGAAUCUUUUCAGGUUACAUUAGGUGAUGCUGUGAUGGUAUUCCCACCCCCACCACCUCCUUAUUUUGCUGACCCUAUGUCACCAACUCUGACUCAUUGUCUUACGCCGAGUGUUUUGCCUACAAGUGAAGAUCCACCACCAUACCACUCUAUCUUCACUGAUGGAGCACAGCUUGGUGAUGAUGAAAGAACAGUUGCUGUUAGAGACUAUGAAUCUGUAUAUACAAUUUCUGGAAGCAGCUCACCUUCAGAUAUUUUACCAAUGCUGUACCUUUCUUCUGAACCACCACCAAAAUAUGAAGAGCAAGCAUCAAUAACAAAUAGUUAAUGUUCACCAUCUUCUUCCUUAUCUUUUUCAUCAGUUUCCUUAGCCAUAUCUGACACCAGCUUCUAAAGGACUGACAGUUCACUUCAUUUUUAAUAAAAUGUACACAGAGAUUUACAAUUUUUGAAUUUAUUUACAUUUUGUAAUAAAAGCAAUAAUGUUGUCUGUGUCUAAUUUUUCAUCAGGAAGAAUAAACAAUGAACUUGGAAUUCAAGAAAUACUAGAGAAGCCUGGGCCUCUGCUAAAGUAGUCUGAAGGGAGUUCACUGCAAGAACAUUAAAUUCUCAUCUUGUUCUGUUACAGCUUCAGUUUCUAUUUAUAGCUGUUCUUUUUAUAAUGAAGCCACUAAGUAGAAACCAACUUUUUUUUUAUUUUAAUUAAAUCUGUUUGGAGCUUCAAAGAAAGAAAAACUAGGAAGUGGUUUUAUUUCUAUUUUUGCAUGACUUGUUUGCAGAGUUGUGGCCUUUACAAGUACUCGAGGAGCAUUCACAUGUAGGGAUGUUAAGGUUGCUACGAAGAUGCCAUGAUGCUAUGAAGAGUUUCAAUGGUUACCUUUUGGUCUGCCUGGUAACAAGCACUCCAUAUUUAGGUUCUCUCUGGUCCUUAUGUAAGUAUAAUCCCUAGGAAAAUCAAUUUUAGCUGCAGUUAAGAGCCCAAAGGCAGCCCUGAGGAUAGAUAAUAGGCUAACAGUUUAACUGUGGUAACCACUGGUUUCAGGGGGAUUAUUCUGCUGUUUUAUAUCAUUAUUCAUGGAUUAUACAAGGAGUGCUUAUUGUGUGAGAGUGAGUGCCACAAAGCAAUGCUAUCUUUGAGGUGCAGACAUUACUUACCAGCAGAUGCGGGAGAGGCAGUUUCAUGGAAACCCAUGCAGCAAAUGUUUUUAACUGACAUAACACUUGACAGACCCUUCAGAAGUACAACCCUCUUAGCUCUUCCAUCCUGCUGCCACCUAGGGUAGUGGUAGUGGCCUGCCUUCAGGGAGGAGGUUCUAAUGUUAUUUUGUGUUUGUUUGCACCUGUUCCCAAACUGAGGGAUUAGCUUGUAGUAGGUAAAGAUAAGUAGGAAGAACUGAGUUGCUGCUAUCUUUGACAUCUUACAACUUGCUAUGAAUGCUGUUUGAGAAAAAGAAAUUGGAUUCUGUGCUCAGAAAAGCAGCAGGGCUUUGGGCUUGGUUCAGCCUGGUGUAUUUGCCAGCAUUAAAACUUUUUGUAAGAGUGAUCUCUGAAUUGUUCAGCUGAGUCUCUGAACAGCUGUGUACCUUGGGACCCCAGUUACAUCUCCACUUGUCAUAUACUAUGCUGAAUUUCAGAGAACUUGAGUGUAACAGGAUGCCAGACUAUGAAUUAAGAACUUAAAUUCCCUCUUGUGCCUAGGGAAAGGUGAUUGCCUUUUUGUCAUCUUGCUGUGAACAUGCCUCUCACCUGCUGACUGCUUUAGAGAGAUGUUCAGGAGCUCCUGCAUUUGCCAUUUAUUUCCAGUUCUGUGUCAUUCCCUCAGUUAUGCCAGGACAGCUCUUUGUGCAGCCACACAAAAACAAACCAGCCAGUGAGGGAAGUAUAUUUAGCCAGCAGUAGAGCUGAGGGGCUUAUGCAUGCAGAGUAAUGAGCAAACACGGCAGAGAGGGGGAUUUAGUAUGUAGGAGCUGAUUAAACUGGCAUGACUCAGCCAUUAGAAAUGUCUGCAUGAAGAAAGGGAAUCCACAAAAGCCAGUAGGCAUUUUGUCCUCUCUUCUCUCAAACAUUUUUUACCUAGUGAGUUUUACAAGGAUGUUUGUCCUUACAUGCAAUCUGCAAUACAAACUGUAGUUUGCCAUCUUUGUGAUUAUUUUUUAAGCUUUUGCUCCUUUUGUUUAAACAGUGGGGCCCACUGCCGUGUAUGAUUCAUGCCUACAUAGCUUUGCAUGUGUCUAAGGAGCCUGUUUCUCUCUCAAAUUAUCCUUCUAUCAUAUAACAAGAACAGAAGCUGGGAUAUUUUACUGGAAAAGUCCCAUGCAACAAAGCCCAUGUUAGCUUUAUCCUGUUCUUUAUCCAGAACACUCAUUUUCUGAAAAGGCUAAGUAUCAAAACAUGUUUUCACAAAUCUGGAAAUAUUUCACCAUCUUAAAAAAAAAUGAUCAGUUGCAUUUGGUAGUAAAGUGAAAAAGUAUCAACCUUUUCUGCUGCCUUCAAUUUGCUCAGUCGGUUGUUCCCAAGAUGUACCAAAGAGACCAGACAAAUCAAGCAGAAUAUGUUGAUUCAUCAGAGUUCCCUGUAACAGAAACACAAUCUUGUUUUCC